AUGCUUCCGGCACGCUUAUGGAGCACACUUCUCGUGAGUGUCGUCGCUGCUCUCACGACGUCGGCCUUGCCUGCGGAGAAGAGGGGCGUACUCUACCCAGAGGAGGCGGUGGCAAUUGAGCUACUCAUCAGACAAGCCGGCAACCAAACGGCCGCGACCUCAUCAAGACUCACUACUACCGUGGCUUCAUCUUCGAGCACCAACAGUGGCUCUGGUACCAGCACGAGAAGUGCAUCCAGCACCAGCACGAAUAGCAACUCCAGCACCAGCACGAAAAGUACCUCCAGCACAAGCUCGCCCAACCCUUCGUCAAGUGGUGUACUGCGCACUAGUGCUCAGGCUUCAGGCGGUGGACUGCCUGCACCUCCUUCCGGCUCGAGGCUGACGCAGCACACCAUCAAUGGGAAGCCCGGAACGACUGCUACCGUGCCCAUUUUUGCCAACAAGAAUUACAUCGGUAGCGGUUCCAACGGCGCGAGCAGCGCCUGGAUAGGCUUGCACGGUCGACUCAAGAAUGGCAAUCAACUGUUCUCCGACCUUUACAACGUCGUUGGCGACCAAGGCGUAGCUGUCGUUCCCAACUUUUACGGCCCUAGCGACGUUCAAACGGUGCAGAAUGCUCAAAACCAGGGCAAGCCCAAUCCCAUCUGGUUGCAACCAGACAGAAAUGUCAUCUGGAACGACGACUGGCGGUACGGAGCAGAUGCCGUUGCUGGGGGUACGAGCCGGCCGCUCAACGGCGAAUCCGUCUCGAGUCUCGAGAUUCUCGACUCUCUCAUCAAGAAUCUAUCGAACAAGAGCCGGUACCCCAACAUGGCUCGCAUCACCGUCGUUGGACAUUCUGCUGGCGCUGCGCUCGUCGACAUAUAUUCUCACUUUGGUCCAAAUGCCCCAUCCGGAAUCAAGAUUCGAUACGUAGAGGCGAAUACCCCAACCUCCUACAUGGUUGACUCGCGAAGACCCGUGGGGCCCAUCGACCUUGCAAAGUGUCCAAACUACAACAAUUGGCCCUACGGUCCGGGAGGAGCAAAGCCGCGCUACAUCAACAAUGCAAUGUCAAGCUGGUCCUUCCAACGCACCUGCAGCCGCGACGUCGUCAGGCUGAGCGGCACUAAGGACACGUAUCAGGCGGACUCUGGAGGCGACCAAAGCUGCAUGUCGUGGGCUCAAGGUGGCCCCGACCGCACCAACCGCGGUCAAGCUGCUUGGGUCAUUGACAAUCUGAGAGCCAACACGAAACGAACUGACCUGCGCUACUACGCAUCGUACCAAAACAUCACCACUUAUCAGGGCGGAGUUCCAGUGCAGGAGGUCCCCACAUUCAGGAAGACCUUUGCGCUGGUGUAUGGCGUGGCACACGUCGCUGGACAGAUGUUUGCGUCGGACUAUGGUCGCCAAGCACUUCUCAAGACAACACCGAUCAGCUACACUCAAACCGAGCCUGCGCCUUACUAA